GGUCUACUCUUUUGAUGAAAUGUCAAUUUGUGCAUGGUAUUAGCCUGGAAACUAGACAAACUAAAAGUUGAGUCAUUUCCAGUGGUAUUAUGACAACAUUCACGUGGAUAGUGUAUCACAUCAUAGCUUUCCGUCUUAUCUGCAUAUUUCCUUCAAGAUAAACAAAACAUCAAUCGUGGUCAGUGCGUCAAGAGCAACACUGACCUUAACAUGAGUGCGUUUAGCAUAAUUAUCUUCGGUAUUGUGUCAUAUAUGCUGUUUAUUAACAACAAUUGCAGUGCUACAAUUAUCAGUUCAGUACAAAUUAAAAACGGUAGCUUAGUAAGAUCUCAUUGGCAUGGAGUUAGUAGUCUUACUCGUGAACGAUUCAAUAUUUCUGGUAUUAUUUCGUCAGAGAGUGAAACAAAUUUUCUUCGGUUGAGCAAAGUAGAUUGUCUAGGUUUGGGUAGUGCAAUUGCAAGCACUCUGCAUUGGUUUUUUGUUGGUAGUUGCAAGGAUUGUGACAAUUUGAAUGUAAAGUUUUACUUGUCAUCGAGAAGGCAACGCCAUCGAGUCGAGGUUUUAGUUGGAAGGCAAUUUGGCUUGGAAUGGACAGACUUUCAAAUAAACCGAAGAACUGUUCUCAUUGUUCAUGGGUUUUUGUCUCAUGGCAAUGAAAUGUGGAUUAAAACUAUGGAAGAUGCAUUCCUUUUGUGGGGUGACGUUAAUGUAAUUGUUGUUGACUGGAGUGCUGGAGGAAACUCCUGGAAUUAUUACAAGGCUGUUGUAAAUACCAGGAUUGUUGGAGACAAAAUCACCAGAUUUUUAGGACAGAUAGUUAACACUACACUGGCUAGUGGAAAUAUACACCCAAGUCAAUGGGGCCCCCUGCACUUGGUGGGCCAUAGCCUGGGGGCUCACAUUUGUGGUUUUGUAUGUCAUAACUUUAAUCCUGUGCAAAAAAACUGGUUAAUACAACGAGUAACUGGUUUAGAUCCUGCACAGCCAUGUUUUACUACAAAAGAUCCUGCUAUGAAAUUGGAUAGAACGGACGCGCCCUUUGUUGAUAUUAUUCAUACAAACGGUCGCCUGUUAUCACACUUAGGGCUUGGAUUACCGACACCGAUAGGUCAUGUUGAUUUUUAUCCAAAUGGUGGCAUGAAGCAGCCCGGUUGUGAUUCGAUGAUGGGCUCUUCCUUUUUUAACUUCUUACCUAUUUCGAACUCGAAAAUCCAAGAAACAAUAUGCAGCCAUGGACGCUCCUACGCAUAUCUAAUAGAAUCAUUAUUCUCUGCGGUAACGAAUAAUUGCACUUUUUGGGCACAUCCCUGGGACAUGACAUACAGAGGCGCUCUGAAAGUUUUGAGACAAACUUGUGGUCCAAACAAUUGUACUGAAAUGGGCAUCAGAGCUGAGGAUUAUUCACAACGAGGCAUCUUUUAUGUUGCUACUGCCGAACAUCCACCGUUUUGUGUGGGUGAUACUGCUAUUAAUCAGAAUCAACUGAUUUACCUCGCAGAAGAUCUGGCUGGGCAAUUGGAAGAUUGAUGAAAAUAUUUUAGGAGGAGAAAGAAUUUCAAAAGUUUCAACUAUGUGAGAAAUACAAGUAGAUUUAUGCUUUCCUUGAUAUGCAUUUCAAAAAUUGACGACCUGUUGAAUAACCAUGUAUUACAAUGAUAUAUUAAAGUUCGUAUAAUUAAAUUUCAUUCCUGCAAUCAUCGCGAAACAUGUAUCAUUUUUGGUUCACCUUGUAGUCACAAUGAACCUUAAAGUUUCAACCCUGCAUUCCACUCUUCAUCAAUGGCAUGCUAGAUAUUCCUUCUCCUAUAACGUUUUCGCAUCUACAGUAAAAAAGUUGUGUGCAAAUAGAAUGAGUUAUUGACCAAGCUAAAUCAAAUAUAAGGUAAAGUCGAACAAAAUAUAAAAUAUAAUGUGGUCAUUUA